CGUGCUUCUUGAUUGAAGAUUCAGAUUGUGAUGGGUCCUACUGAAAAAUCGUGUCAGUUCCCUUCUUCCUUUUGAAUGCACUGGACACGACGAGGAUGCUUGAGUUGAGAGAAAUAGAAGGUACUGCUGGAUUGGGAUGUUGGUACAUGAGGCUUGUUCUCUCAUAGUGGUUCUAGCAGGAAUGAGUGUUCACUGGUUGGUGAUUUUCCAAUUUCAAACACAGCAAGAAUGUAAGUUUGCAUUAACUUGGCUCCUGUCAUGAACAUGCAAUUGUAUAUCUUUUCGUUUAUUAUGGAAGGUCCCAGUCCUUAAUUUUAGAAAUCAGUUCUUGGCAGGUAAACUGUCUGCUCCUGUCCCGAUUAAUUGAGAAUAUCGUUUACUUCGUAUGGCGGUUGAAACUCAUUUCAUUGAUUAAGAGGCUAAACUGGUGCUGGCAAGGGUUGGCUUGCCCUUCGCAUGUUUCAGACAUAAUGAAAGUUACAAAUAUAUCCUAGGCAGAUUCUUGCUCAGUCUCCUGCUUACGGUGUUGUGCUUGUAUGUUCCGAAGAGAGUGCAAACGGAAGCAGUCACGGAGAAGACUUUGGUGCAGCUGAGUGUACAAUGUCAAUAGCGAAGAGCGAUGCGCUGUUCUGUUGAUAUGAUAAUAAUGGGAAACCAUACUCCUCCUGUUCCCCCAAGUCUUCGCGCCACCAACCCCAACUCCUCGUCGUCGGUUUCUACCUCCUCCCUUCCAUUUCCAAAAUUCGCAGAAUCAGCCGAUAGCCGGAAACGUCUCUUUCUCUCCUCUGAAUUCUCGUCUUUCCCUGUAGCGGUCGCCUUCAGCGAAAACGCCUGUUCUCCUAUACAAAGAUGCGGUCGGCUGAUAGGAACCAUGGCUCCUCAACUAGUAUUGAUAAUGAUUGGUUUGAAAAAAACAAGAGACAAAAAUCAAAUACUGUUGAUUAUGCCUCUUCACCACACUGGGAUGUUGCUGCUUCUGCUUCUGCUCCACCCUCUGCAAAUUCUAGUCUCCAGUCCCCGCCAUGGGGAGAGUACGAGGUGUUUUUGAAUUACAGAGGUCAAGACACUCGUUAUCAGAUCACUGAUAUCCUGUAUCGGUUUCUCGUAAACUUGAAAAUUCGCACGUUCAAGGAUGACGAUGAGCUCCGUAACGGGGAAGGGAUAUGGCCCAGUCUUGCAAAGGCUAUCGAGCAAUCCAAGAUAUAUGUUACCAUCUUCUCUGAGAAUUAUGCUUAUAGCAAAUGGUGCCUCAGAGAGCUUGCUGCCAUUGUCAAACGUCUGGAGCAUGACAAGUGUUGCACCAUUCUUCCCAUUUUUUACAUGGUGGAUCCAAAAGACGUCCGAAAUCAAAGUGGGCCAUAUCAGAAUGCAUUUGAAAAGCACGAGAAGAAUUUUGACCAAGAGACAAUAGAGGUUUGGAAAGAUGCUCUGAAUAGGGUUGGAUCUCUGAAGGGAUGGCAUGCCGAAAGCAGUAACGAGCAGGGGGCUAUAGCAGAUCUUGUUACUGGCAUUGUGUUGUCACAUCUAAGUAAGAAAAAUAAUGUGUUAGAGAUUGAUAAGUUGAUUGGAAUUGAUGCCGACAUAAAAGCAGUAAAAGAAAUAAUGACGCUAGGCUCCGGAGGUGUGUCAAUUGUCGGAAUUCAUGGUAUUGGUGGUAUUGGUAAGACCACUAUUGCCAAGGCGGUCUUUAACAAAGUAUCUGCUCAAUUUGAUCGUUGUAGCUUUGUGGAAAACGUACGAGAAAUGCUACAUAGUAAAGAUGGUGUUAUCACUUUGCAAAAGCAUUUAGUCUCAGACAUCUUGAGGAGGAAUUUUGUUGAGUCCAUUGCCAAUAUUAGUGAAGGUAUCAGAAUAAUAAGAGAUAGGAUUUCUUGUUUCAAAUGUCUUAUUGUUCUUGAUGAUGUGGACGAGAACUUUGAAUUUGAAGAGGUGUUAGGAAAAAUUGAGAAUUUUGUUUCGGGGAAUAGAUUUAUCAUGACUUCGAGAAACGUAAAAGUAUUAAGAAUAUGGACUGAAGAUUGCAAGUUGUAUAGAGUAGUAGAAAUGAGUCCUCAACACUCACUCCAACUCUUCUGCAAACAUGCUUUCAAAAUGGAUUAUCCUCCAUCAAGUUAUGAGAUUUUGUCAAAGGAUAUUGUCUCUGUUGCAGCAGGACUUCCAUUGACUCUUAAAGUUGUAGGGUCACUUUUAUUUAAAGAGGAGGAAGUGAUUUGGAAAGACAAAUUGAGAAGGCUAAAAGAAAUUCCAGAGGAGAAGGUUGUAGCAAGAUUAAAGAUAAGCUAUGAUGCAUUAAGUGAAGAUGCGAAGCGAAUCUUUUUAGAUAUUGCUUGCUUUUUCAUUGGAGAGGACAAAGAGAUGGCUUCUUAUAUGUGGAGUGAUUGUGGCUUGUUUCCAACGACGAAUAUCAAUAUUCUUAAUCAAAGGUCUAUGAUUGACAUUGUGUUCAAUGAUUAUCACAAUACACAUUCGUUCCGAAUGCAUGAUCAGCUCAGAGAUAUGGGUAGGGAAAUUGUAUGCAGAGAAAACAUAACGCGUCCAUGGAAGAGAAGUAGGAUAUGGUCAAGGGAGAACGCUUUGGAGAUGUUACGUAACGGAAAGGGAACAAAGCAGGUCGAGGGCAUUAGGCUACACUAUGGUUAUGACUUUGAGGGGAAGCUUGGGAGGAAAGAAUGUUUCAUGAAGUUGUCAGAGUUGAGAUACUUGGACAUGCAAGGUGUUAAAAUGCCCAUAGAUGACUUCAGUAAUUACGUUCCAAAUUUAAGAUGGCUUCGGCUGUCGAUUGGAGUUUUGUCUAUACCUAAGUUUAGUAUGGAAAAUUUGGUGAUUCUUGAACUCUUCACCUGGCUGGGAGAUGAGUCUGGAGCUUUGAAGCAUAUCAAGAUGGCGAGCAAGCUCAAAGUUCUUAAACUUUCGUGUGGUUCCUUGGACGAAUUUCCCGAGUUUUCUCGUUCCGGGAGUCUAGAGAUUUUAGAUGUGGAGACUAGCUUCUUCCGUCCACCAUGCUGGGUCCGUACGGACCUGGAUAUUGGGAAUCUGAGGAACCUAAAAGUCCUUCGUCUGAAGAAUUGUUGGGUAAUGAGAAACAUUAGAGCUGGAGCCAUUGGGAUGAUGCCAUUUGAGAACCUAAAAGUGUUGCAUCUGGAGGGUUGUUGGGUAACAGAGAUAACAGGUGGAGCCGUUGGAAUGAUGCCAUUUGAGAACAUAAAAGUGCAGCAUCUGCUUCCAUCAUCUCUAACCACCCUCCUCAUUAUAGAUUGUCCAAAACUGGAGUGGCUCCCCAAUCUAGAGAAUCUGGAGAACUUGUCUUCCUUAUCCAUCGUUGGCUGUCCCUUGCUCAGAGAGAUCCUAGGGCUUGGAGGGUUGAAAUCCUUGGAAGCUUUUAGUAUAAGUGAUCUGAAAGCUCUGUGCGAUAUGGAAGGUCUUGGCAGUCUCUAUUCUUUGAAAUCCUUGUCACUUAAAGGUUGUGAUGCGUUGACAAGACUGCCCAGCAUGGCGUCUAUGAGCAAGUUACUCCAUUUUUACGUCUCUUCCUGCCCUUGUCUCACAAACAUCCAAGGCCUUGGAGGGCUGGAAUUACUGCAAAUGCUUCACAUUCAUCAGGCAAUGAGUUUAAGCUGUCUCAUCGGAUUUGAAACUCUUCUGUCUCUGAACAAGUUAAAAGUUUUGAAGAUAAGUGACUGCCCUCUUCUCACAUUACUAACAUUCUAUGGCAUUGAUGAUGGAUGCCGAUCACAAGCAGCGGUACUCGACACUUUACAGGAGCUAGACAUCCAUGGAACAGCGCUGGUGCUGCAGAUAUUCUGCCGGAUGAUUCAGAUGUUAAUGUUCCCGAGUCUCACCAUGUUGAAACUAAGUGGUGUGAGAAUUUGUAGUGCUGACACGGGAGUAGAGCUGGAUGGGGUGGAGUCUAUGGAAGAGUUGGUUGACUUGCAAUUGUAUGACUUGGCCUCAAUAAGAAGAUUACCUUCCCUGUCAAAGCUGAGAAACUUGAAAAAUUUAAAGGUUGCCAAUGCUCCAAAUCUGCAAGAGAUUGCGGGUCUUGUUGGUUUGAAAUCCUUGGAAAGGCUAGAUCUCACCGGAUGCACAUCUUUGGAAAGAUUUCCGGCUGAUGAGCUAUCCGAUUUACAGAAAUUGAAGACUGUGAUUGUCAGUGGUUGCACGAACUUAAUUGACCAAUCUGCUCUAAGAGAACUUGAGCCGAGUGUGAAGAUAUGGUGGUAACUGCGCCUCUGCUACUGAGUGUAUUUCAUCUUAGUGAUUCGGGGAUUGCUAAGGCCCACAUGACAUGGAACCAAGGGUGGAUUGGCUCGAGUCUAUGGAGGAGUUAGUUCAACUGGCUUUGCAUUGCCUGGGCUCAAUAAAGGAGUCUAUCUUCCCUGUCAAAGCUGCGAAACUUGGAAGAGUUGACUGCCACUGGUGCUCCAAAUCUCUGGGAAGAUUGAGGGCCUCCUGGUCUGAAAUCCAAGGAAGAGCUAGAUUUCUCUCACUAGUCACUGCACAUCUUCAGAAAGAUUCAUGGCGCAGAUGAGCCAUCUGGCUUGAAGCAAUUGAGAAGCAUAAUCAUCUGUGGUUGCACAAGGUUCAAUAUGUAGAGAUGAUCUGUUGGCUGUGAUGACGGUGUUAGUAGUGUAGGAGUGCAAUUUGUCAAUCUGUGAUGACGGUGUUAGUAGUGUGGGUCCCAUAACUAGUUCACUGAUCUCAUGCUUUCACUUUUGAGCAACCAGGAAAUCUUCCAACCAGCUGAAGACAUUCGGCCUGAUCCUUACACUAGUCGCAACUAUCAGGGCUACCUGAGAUCGGUGAUAAGCUAGUUUCCUUCCUUAGCUGUGCAUUUUAAUGUUGAACUCUUGUGUCUAUAGCAGGAUUCUAUCCCUCUACUCUCUGCCUGUGCGUGCUCCUAAUUUCUCAGCAUGAGAGUGCCACUGUGAGCAAGUAUCUGAGAAGAUGACGGGGAAAACAGAUGCAAUGGCCAACUGUCUAGCUACGUGGGCUAAGCCCAAAAGAAAACAGACAAACAAUGAAAACUACACCGUCAAGCCCAAAAGAAGUGAGAAAUCAGAUGCAAAGGAAAGGAAUGCCUCAAC